AUGUCUUCGUUCGAGUCUGUGGUUGUGAUCGAUGGCAAGGGCCACCUGCUUGGCCGCCUGGCCAGCAUUGUCGCCAAGCAGCUCCUUAGCGGCCAGAAGAUUGUCGUCGUCCGCUGCGAGGCCUUGAACAUCUCGGGCGAGUUCUUCCGCGCUAAGCUCAAGUACCAUGCCUAUCUUCGCAAGAUGACCCGGUACAACCCCACCCGCGGCGGUCCCUUCCACUUCCGCGCUCCCUCCCGUAUCUUCUACAAGGCUGUCCGUGGCAUGAUCCCCCAUAAGACCGCUCGCGGCGCUGCCGCCCUUGAGCGCCUCAAGGUCUUCGAGGGCGUUCCUCCGCCGUACGACAAGAAGAAGAAGAUGGUUGUUCCUCAGGCCCUCCGUGUUCUUCGGCUCCAGCCCGGACGCAAGUACUGCACUGUGGGCCGUCUCAGCCAUGAAGUUGGUUGGAAGUACCAGGACGUUGUUGCGAGACUCGAGGAGAGGCGCAAGGCGAAGGGCGCCGCCUAUUACGAGCGCAAGAAGCUGGCCGCCAGGCAGCUUUCCGAGGCAAAGAAGGCUGCGGCGGCCAAGGUCGAUCCCAAGGUCUCGGAGGCCCUCGCGGCCUACGGCUACUAA